GUACCGUUUUUACUUCCGGAGGCUCGGCAGUUUGGGGUAUGCGCGAUGCGGCUCUUUUGACGUACAACAACUUCUAUUCGUCCUACGCUUCUGCUGGUUCUGCCAGAGACUACAACAACGGUUUAGCCAGUGUAGUUGACCAUGGAAUACAUCCUCAAUCGGUGCUAGGAGGUGUAGUGGAAGAGAUGACUGAAAACACUACUUUUUUGAGCAAUGUAAUGACAACAGGGGUUGCGAAUGUGGCGAACCUUGCUGCGGGUAUGACAAAUCUGGCGGCUGGUGUUGUCGGAGGGGGUACAAGUACAGCUGCAGGAGUAGAUCCCCGCAAUCUUCCAGUCGGCAAUGGAGGUGUUGAGGUGCAAGUCGCAUCUUCAGAUGACGUUCGAAUACGAUCAGCUGCCGACCAGCAGGAUCUUCAGGCAACAGGGAGUAGCGCAUCGAAGAAUUCUUUAUCAUCUCCAUCACCUGCACGCGGUAGAAGUGAAGCGAGUCCGUCUGAUCGCAGCGACGACGCGGCCCAAGUAGAUGCAGCAGGAGUCAAAGGGACACCAGCGAAUAGAGGCCAAAGUGAAACUCCACCGACGGUUGGUGGGAAAACUAUCGGAGGAGGUGGACCUGCAACAGCUGUCGACACUGCUUGUGGUUCUGCUUCUCGUGGCAAAGUAGCUUCUGGAGCAGGUAUUGUUCGACGCCCUCUACCCGCUGGUGGAAUAGUCGGUAGAGGCCCUGCGCCUGACGUGCCCGCGGACCGAUUGCUAUCGACACUGUACGACUUUGGUAGGAGUGAUGUGCCCACUGCAGUGGUGAAAGUGGACUCUAGUGCCGAUGGCCGUCUCCUUGCGGCAGCUGGCGCUGAUGGUUGUCUCCGCGUGUGGAACACAGCGGCGCUAGAAAAGGAUGUCAGUGUUCGCCCAGUUGCAGAAACCUUUUUCUAUGGCCUAUUUUUCGUGUUAUAAUAGAUCUUGAUCUUCUAUGUAUAAUUACUUUAUCUUGUUCCUGUUCUUGAAAGCAUCUACUUGUUGUUACCUCUUCUAGCUCUACUACAACUACAACAACUAGGAAGGACUAGAAGCCAUACCUUGCUACAUUGUAGAAACACACCUUGACUAACUACAGAGGCACUGGUCCUCGUACUUCAUAAUUUCUCUUGAUUUUGGACUCCGGCUCUAAUCUCCGCCUUUUCGUCCGAGGUGUCUGAAGGUACUUGCUACCACUAGUACCAGCAAAGCGACUGCCGCGGUUGCCGGCCACGCGCCUAUCGCAACUUUACACGCUCUCGAGCAAGAUUGCCGCGUGGUAUCUGCUGUCUCUCUAUCUGGCAGUACUAAUCAUGUGGCCAUGACUCCUGCUUCGACGUCUUCUUCUAGUGCGCAGAUGAGGAAUCAGAGUACUGCUACAACCACCACUCAGAUGAACCAGGAUGACGUGGUCACCACCGCGAUGGACUUUCUUGAGUCAACACUAGACUCCACGCUUUUGCUAGCUACACAGCGAGGCGGUCUCCACUGCUGGGACAUCAGGAUGCGUGGCCUGGCUUGGUCCAGGCAGACCAUACCCCCAAAUCUUGGCGUCCCUUCUGCGAUUUCUAUUGGUGGACUUGGAAAGUACGUGGCUUUGGCGACUCUAGGAGGUGCGCUGCAAUUGUUUGAUUUGCGCUUUUUAGCGCCAGUCCGUACGUGGCAACUCAUGUCGGGAGCGCCAGUACUGGAUUGCAAGCUGCUAGAGCCAGCAAGAAAUCUUUUCUUUGCGCAAGCGGAAAAAAUGUUAGGAACCUGUAUGUACUAGCAUAAUGUAGUUUCUAUUUUAUUUACAAGAACUCCAUUUAAUAAUGUUUCUAGUUUUAAAUUUACUCCUCAGACGAGAUAUGAUUAUGAAGUGCUCUAAUCGUAGUGAGUCAGUUUUGGUGCAGACAACCCCAAAUUAGAACUGUACUUCUGAGUCUGCUUCUGAGUUCUGAUGUAGUUCGUGAUCUUCACGGGCCACUCUAAUUACCCCCGGACGAGCAGCGGGCUACGAUCAGGCUUUCGACGGAGAUGCAGGCGGUAGCUUCUUCAAUCGAAUAGAUCCGUUUUCUCGGAGUGCGGAAGAAGAAACAUCCGAAGCAGACGCUAACAGGAGGGCACGAAGAAGCACAAAUUAUCUCAAUGGGGGUUCUCCUUCUAGUUGUAUCCUCCAGUCUGGUUCAUCAGGCUCGUCUUUGGAAUGCGUUUGUUCGCUAGGGAACGAAGUCGUGGUUUUUGACCUGAUUCGCGGGGAUUGUACUCAGAUGUUUGACACCCGAAGCAGCACUGGUAGUCCCGUUCAGCUCCCGACUCUUAUUCCAGCUGACGAUAGACUAGUACAGCUUCCUGGCGGAAGCGCAGCAACUAGAACUACUAGUGCAACUACCUCUUCCAGCAGCAGUACGACUGCGUUUCUCCGUAAACAGUGUCAUGACGCCUGCGCCCGUUCCUUGCUAGUAACCGCUUGUCAAUCGCAAGUCUUAUUCGCAGGAACCGAUCGAAAAGUUCGCUUGUGGAACCUGUGUCCCGAUGAUGAGCGUCUCUACGCAUCAACUGGUACUGGAGAUCAAGCCUUCGCGCCCAAGCCCCGAACAUCUUCGGCUACAGCUGCAGGUGGUAGAGGAGGCACGACAGCUGGUGCGAUGAGUAAGGACCCAAAUAUUGGAGGCGGAGCGUUCCUUGGCAAAAUAGUGAUAGGAUCAACUCCAGUAAGUGGCGGCUCAGCAGCACCAGGUAGCGACGGAGGUAAAGGAACUACUCGACCAGCACAGGCGCACUACAGUAGCAAUUUACUCGGAGGCACGGUCCGUGUCGUGCAAGAAGCUUGGUCGGGGGAUGUGGAGGAGCCUCCCGACCCCAAUGAAGAGAUGGCAAGGCUUCUAGCGGGGGAAGAGGCGUAUCUCGAUCUAGAUGACGAGGACGAAGAGAGUCAAUCCGGAAGUGGAGUUAAGCCUUAAAGGAUAAAAAUGAAGAAGAACAUUGAUUGAAGAUGUUGUUGAGCCAUUGCGAUUGCUAUUUUUGUGUGUCCUUCAACCGUCUCUCCAAGAAGUGAUAUGUCCUCUCCAAGAAGUGAUAUGUCUGGUGGAUUUGCUUCAGCCUACUUUUUACUGUGAUGAUCUACUUAAGUAUGAGAACCUCUUCUAAUCAACACCGAACUUCCUCUUCUCGUGCCCAAAAAAGCACGCGAUCUUUGUAUGCGGCAGGAAAUAUGCUACGACCUGGUCCGAGGGAAGCGCCUGGCUAUCACCGUGACGCCAUUCUGGACAUGACGUUUAUCCGACGUUGGCCACCUUUGCUUGCAACAGCUGGUCGUGACGGCCUCGUAAAACUUUGGGGAUGAAGCGGGAUUACUCGAGCUCGACGUAGUUCAUCCCUAGGAUGUUCCCCCCUACAAUGUUUGUAGUUCUUCCCAGGGAUCAUUUAGACUCGUCCUCCUCCUCCAACAUGCUGUACAACGUGUUCAUAUAGUUGUUCGCAUAAUAUAAAAUAUGCGCCGAUCUUUUAUCUAUUUAUGAUUCACACCAAUCAUCUCAUCAAACUACUUGUAAUCAUGAUUAUCAAUCUAUCAUAUUCAUACAUCAGCACUUGGAUUAAGCUCAUAUCAGAGGACCAUUGUAUUUUUACAGUAGGAAACUCAAACUGAACUUUUCAACCUGAAUCAAUAGAAGAACGAAAAAAUGAUCAUGUUUGCCAUACUCAGGAC